UCGUCCAUCACAUCGAUCGAAUCGCCCACCAUGCAGCCCACACAGCCUAUGCAGCGCGCUCUCAGGCGCUUGGCGCUCACGACCAAGCAAGGUCCGCACAACUACUACAAGGGAAACCGGACAGGAGCUAUGGGACGACAUACAAAAUGGGGAGGAUAUGUGAUCGAUUGGAACAAAGUGCGGACAUAUGUCUGCCCAGACUUGACGAACUUCAAUUUGAGUCCAUUUGUCGCAAACACCGUGAAGCGAGCGGAACGCGAAAGCUAUGCGCACACCGAGACGAAGAGCCCGCUGGACGGAAAGGAAUACAUCAAGAAGUGGAAAGAAGAAGGCGGAAACAUUUGAAGAGGAGAGGAGGCAUUACUCUGCGCCGUUCCAAGCGAGCAGACUAUUGGCGAGACAGAGUCUGCCACAAAACUGCCACAGCGAUCUGGUCACUUCCAGCGCUACCUCGCGAGCCCACUCAAGUGCUGAUGGACCGCGAGCUCAGUAAGUUGCGCUUCACGCGGCGGAUGAUGAAUAUGUUGCCGGGGCGGAUCAUGGUUGAACAGAAGGAUCGAACCUAUUGAUACCAAACUCUGCAUGAGAAGGCGAUGGCAUAAUACCUUUGAUGGUGGACAGCUUUGCUGAGGACUAUCUGGAACACCCAAAUUCGUCAGCCAGAGGAACACAAGCAAUGUUGUCUCGGGCAGUUUACUGCUGAGCCACCGCGCCUUUUCGCUAGGCUUCGAAGCAGAGAAUUUUAGAGACAGGGCUGGUUUCUCGCGAUCACGAGUCUUAUCUCCGUCAAUUCCUUAAGGCCUGUUUUCAACCGUAGCGAACCUCGUGAGCUAUG